CUCGCCCGUGAAGGGUAAAAUGGUCCAUACGGAUGCAGCCUUAACAGCAUUAACGUCAUUUCCUUCUCCCCAGCGCAACUACUUCCCCCAAGCUGCCACCCGCAUUAAGGUCGUGGACUUUUCAAGUAAAAGCCUACACUAAAAUUGCUCCGGACAAGUGCUCCGUCAGGAACGUCUCAUUUCCUCCCAUCUCACCGGAGCUAGUACUAGAUCUUCUCUUCCCCCUCUAUCAUAUCCUCAAGGCCUUACUCUGCAUUGCUUCCCUGAGAAAUCAAGAUUUUCCAUUUUUCCCUGCAAAAUAAUCAUGUCGGACGCUUUGAUCAAUGGGCUCGCCGGAGCUGGAGGAGGGAUCAUUGCCCAGCUCAUCACAUAUCCUCUCCAAACUGUAAACACUCGUCAACAAACCGAGCGUGACCCGAAGAAAGAUCAGAGGAAUCUUGGAACUCUUGAGGAAAUGUGCCAGGUGGUAAAGCACGAGGGGUGGGAGCGGUUGUACGGAGGAUUGAUGCCGUCGCUUGUGGGCACAGCUGCGUCUCAGGGUGUUUACUACUACUUCUAUCAAGUAUUCAGGAGCAAGGCUGAAGCAGCUGCUCUAGAACAGAAAAAGAUUGGCAUUGGUGAUGGAUCAGUUGGGAUGUUACCCUCACUACUUGUCGCUGCUUUAUCAGGGUGUGUUAAUGUGCUGUUGACAAAUCCCAUAUGGGUGGUUGUUACACGGAUGCAGACUCAUAGAAAAGAGUUGGAGAGAACCAUGCCUGGUCAUGACUCGUCUGUAGCCACAGAACAAGCAAUUAUUUCUGCAGCUGAACCUCCUCCUUAUGGAACUAGUCAUGUGAUUCAAGAAGUGUAUGGUGAAGCUGGAGUCUGGGGUUUCUGGAAAGGUGUAUUACCAACAUUGAUCAUGGUUAGCAAUCCUUCUAUACAGUUCAUGCUGUAUGAAGCCAUGUUGUCACGGUUAAAAAGAAGACGUGCUUUGAGUAAGAAGAGUAGUGAUGGGGUUACUGCUUUAGAGAUAUUCCUUCUUGGGGCUUUGGCUAAGCUUGGAGCUACUGUUGUAACCUAUCCUCUUCUAGUUGUGAAGGCUAGGCUUCAAGCAAGGCAGGUCAAGACUGAUGACAAGAGGCACCAUUAUAAAGGAACAUGGGAUGCCAUUAUAAAGAUGAUCCGCUAUGAAGGGUUUUAUGGAUUUUACAACGGUAUGAGUACUAAAAUUGUACAGAGUGUGCUGGCUGCCGCUGUUUUGUUCAUGGUGAAGGAAGAGCUUGUGAGGGGGGCUCGUUUCUUGCUUGCUAAGGAUGCUGUUAACACUGCGAAGGCAAAGCCUCUAUGAAAGGAGAUUACUAACAAAUGAUUCUUUUUCCAGAUUGAGAUUCCACGAACCAUCUUCAACUGGAAGAUUCAUUCGCAUAGUAGGAAAUAGAUCAUAUGGCCAUAGAAAAUUUGUACCUUCAAAAAAAACGAUAUUUUAGAAAGAAUAUCACCACGGAUCCUUAUUCCUUGCUAUUUUCGUCAGAUUCAUAUUUUGAGUUGCUG